AUGACCCUGGGCUGCAGCAGCGGGAGCAGCCGGCCCUGCGGCUUGCUGGCGGCCCCCUCGCCCGAGGAGGAGGAGGACGACGAGGCGCUCUCCGACGUGGAGGACGCCGACAUCGACGUGGUGGGGCCCGCGCACGAGCAUGGCCAGGCCAAGUUCAGCGAGGAGGAGGAGGACGAGGAGGAGGACGAGGACGACGACGAGGACGACGGCGCUGAGCCUCCUUUCCAAGCAGGCGGCCCGGGGGCGGCUGUCCCCCGCUCAGGGAGGCCCGGAGGCCACGCUGGGGGACAGCCACCCCACGCCAGCGGCCCCGCAGGCGGCGGCGGCGGCGGCGGCGGGGGGGGCGGCAAGAACCCCCUGGUGAAGCCGCCCUACUCGUACAUCGCGCUCAUCACCAUGGCCAUCCUGCAGAGCCCCAAGAAGCGGCUGACGCUGAGCGAGAUCUGCGAGUUCAUCAGCGGCCGCUUCCCCUACUACCGGGAGAAGUUCCCCGCCUGGCAGAACUCCAUCCGGCACAACCUGUCGCUCAACGACUGCUUCGUCAAGAUCCCCCGCGAGCCGGGCAACCCGGGCAAGGGCAACUACUGGACUCUGGACCCGGAGUCCGCCGAUAUGUUCGACAACGGCAGCUUCCUGCGCCGGAGGAAGCGCUUCAAGCGGCAGCAGCAGCAGCUCCACCCGCAGCCCCCGGAGCUCCUCCUGCGCGCCGCCGCCGCCGCCGCCGACCCGGCCGCCUUCCUGCCCGGCUUCGCGUACGGACCCUACGGCUACAACUACGGGCUGCAGCUGCAGCUUCCACCCGCACCACCACCACCACCACCCCGCUGCUGGCGGCGGCGGCGGCGGGCGGCGGGCGCGUUCCCCUUCCAGCCGCCGCCCUGCGCCCUCCCCGCGCCGCCGGGCCCUGGCGUGUCGGCGGCCGCGCCGUCGGUCUUCUCCGGCGGCCUCUCGUCCUUCCUGGGCGGCGAGCUGGGCUGCAGGAAAGCCUUCUACCCCGCCGGGCCGCUGAGCCCCACCGCGUCGCUCCUGCAGAGCCUCAAGGCGGACCAGGGCGCCGGCGGCAGGCCCUCCUUUUCCAUAGACAAUAUCAUCGGCGGCGGCGGCGGCGGCGGCGCGGCCCCCCCUCCGUCCAGUAGCUCCAGCAGCGCCGCGCCAGCGUCUCCCUUCCCGGCGGGCCACGCGGGUGGCCAAGCUCAGGUCCUGGCUAUGCUCUCUCCGGCGCUGACGCCCCUACCGAACCAUUUGAACCUGGCCCACGAAUCCCUCCUGCAGACGGGACAGAACUUUUCCAGUAAACUCACAAAUCUCAGCAGCUGCCCUUUUUAAAACGCAGCCAGCCACAGUGCCCCUCA